ACGCUAAUGCGCUGCAGAAGAGUCCCUCCGGUCAAAAUUGUUUGAAUUACUCGAAGACUGGUGUCGGUAGAUCACGACGACCACAGUCUACUUCGAUUGCGAGAAACCUUAACAUCGAGUCGUGUGCGAGAGACUAUACAAAAACUGCGAAGAAGAUUAUUACCGUUAAUCGAGAGCCUCCGAGCGAUAAGGAGCAUCAGACGACAUGUAACGAGCAACAGUCUAAGUGCUUGCAGGGAUACACCUCCCCGGGUACGAUUGCUGCCAAAUUAUCUUCCACGAGAUCUUCCGAAAUGAUUUAUACGUCGCUGUCUGGCGGAAAGAGAUCCAAUAACGAGGAUCUCUUGACGGACACGUGCGCGAAUUAUUUUACGUCGAAUGGCGCGUCUAAUGUGCCGGCUGUGAGCGAUCACUUGCACACGCAUCAAAAGUCAGCGAUUUCGAAGAUGACUGACGUCAAGGACGGCGCCGGUGAUUCCACGACCACCACUGCGUCUUGCGAGGAUGAUACCUGCGAAAGUGACUUUACCACUUCGACGCUGUCCAAGGAUUGGACGGCAAGGAGGAUCAGCAGCGAUAUGUUGCAGCAAAAUUACGCGUCCUGCCUACCGCAGGAUCUGCCCACGGAACUGCAAUUGUCCAGCUCGCCGAGGAGCUAUAAGGAGUUCAAAGAGAAGUGUCGCGACUCUCCUUGGCGACCCACGGAGAUGGCGGAGAGUGGUGCAGUGCACGGAUUGACGAUUUGUUCAGGCGAGACGUUUCAGGACUCGAGUUCGAAGAGGCGUACUGGGGCAUCCUGUCAGGCGCUCAGGCACGCCGUCGCUUCAUUGAAUCGCCUAGAUGAUUUUUACAUGGAGAAGAUCGGUGCUGGCUUCUUCUCAGAGGUUUACAAGGUUACUCACAAAGUGACGAGUCAGGUGAUGGUGCUCAAGAUGAAUCAGCUGGCGGCGAACAGGCCGAAUAUGCUCAAGGAAGUUCAGCUCAUGAACAAACUUAGCCAUCCAAACAUACUCAGGUUUAUGGGAGUGUGCGUGCACGAGGGUCAACUGCAUGCGUUAACAGAAUACAUUAACGGCGGCAGCCUGGAGCAACUGAUCAUGUCGCGGCACACGCCGUUACCGCACCUCGUCCGGAUGAAUCUGGCAAGAGACGUUGCUCGCGGUAUGGCUUAUCUACAUAGUCGCGGCCUCUUCCACCGCGAUCUCACGUCGAAGAACGUGCUGAUCAAGAAGGACGAGUGCAAUAACGAGAUGACCGCAGUGGUAGGCGAUUUUGGACUGGCUGCAAAGAUACCCGAUCCUAGCACAGGCUACCGACUCAGCACAGUCGGCAGUCCUUACUGGAUGUCGCCCGAGUGUCUCAAAGGCCAAUGGUAUGAUCACAGGUCCGACGUAUUCUCCUUCGGCAUCGUCGUGUGCGAGCUGAUCGGCCGGGUGCCUGCGGAUCCGGACGUUCUGCCACGCUCAGAUAAUUUUGGCCUCGAUUACCUAGCCGUGGCGGAGAUCUGCGCGACUGCCGAUCCGCCGCCUGCUUUCCUCCAACUCGCCUUCAGUUGCUGCACGUACGAACCUAAGUCCAGGCCGACCUUUCCGGAAAUUACGACUAGUUUGGAUACUAUAAUAUCAGCUUGUGAAGAGGAACUGAAAAGUAACAUUGGUAAACAUCAGCAGUCAAUCGUUGAUCCAACGCUGAUGUCCAGCAUGGACGAGAUUGCACGGGAAGGACGCACGAUGAAGCGGCGUACCGCGAAGUUAAGAAGUCAAUCGGCGGACGCAAGAGGUUGCGAUAACGCGACGCCAUCGGAUAAGGCAAGAUGCCAUUCUGCCAGGCGAGUGGCUGAACUCGCCAGUCGUCGCGAUCCGCAUUACAGGCCGAUGACGGCGAAUCCAUUUCACGCAUUGGGUGGCGUUAAAAAGAUUCUCGGCGAUUUGUUCUCCAGCUGUUUAGAGUUGCCUUCUUUGGAGGAUGUACGACCCAGUAUUACCGACAGCACGUGCAGCAAGUUCAAACCGGCGCAAAAUGAUAGUAUUGCCAAGAUUCUAGAUAGAAAGAAGCCAAAUUCCGAACCGAGCAGUCCUACUGCUAGAAAGAAAUGGGAGAGAAAGGUCGCUACUAAGGUGGGUGUCGCAAGUUUGUUCACCCAUCCGCUUUUCCGAGACGGUUGGGAACCGCGAAGACGUGGUAGCUGCGAAUCAGGCUUCUGGAGUUGCGUUGGCGAAGACCUGAGUCCAGAACCGCCGAAUCGACGGCACACGUCGACUCUCAGCAGCUCGGCGGCAAGCAGUUUGUUCCUACUGGAUGACCAUCGAACCAGUUCGAUCUACACGGAUUCUUCCGAGGACAUUGCUAGUUUGGGCGGCGGCGAUUCCUGCUGGGAGGAUCGACUGAAUGGCAUUGGCUCAUCGAGCAAAACUAUUUCAAAAAUUGUCGAAUACUUUGAGAGGAAGCAAGCGGGUAGACUCGGUGAUCACGGCGAUACUGCUGGUCCUAGUCGCCUGACCCUGCUACGGGCCAGUCUAGAAGGGCCUGUGCCCAUCAGCAGCAUCUCGGCCGCGCAACGGUUAGUCGUGUGCGAAGGUGCCGUGCGCAGUAAACUUGCGUUAUUCGACAAAAAGUGAUAUUACGCCUGAGGCUCUUGGCAAUUUCCUAUUGUUUCCUUUUGAUAAGCAGCGCCCGCGUGAAAAGAACCGUAUAUAAUGAAACGCGAUACAGGUCCCGAAGAGAUUUCGACAGAAGCUUGUCAUCGUAUGCCGGUGACAGCGAGAAUUCUACAACAUUACGCGAUAAUUAGCGUGUUUCUUACAUAUAAUUGAAGAGUGAAGAAUGUAUGUUAUCUUAGUGAUAGUAGCAAUUGGUCUUCAUGCGCAUAAAAGAUUUGGGACGGACGAAAAGGGCGAUACAAUAUCGGCGCGUCAUUCAUAACUUGUAGACAAGAUAGCUGAUAACACGCAUGCAAUGCAUGCUUACAGACACUUCUCUAAAAACCUAGUAACCUGACUGUGAUGUUUUUUGAUAAUCUACAUACAUACAUACAUUAUUGAGCUAUAACGACUGAAAUUUGACGGAGCCAUUAACACAGGAUCUUUUAUACGCAACACGAGUCGCGUUUCAUGUAACUUGGCUACAGCGAUGCGCCGUUCGAAAAAGAUAGAGAGGUAAGGAGAAGAGAACGAAGCAAUAGCGAAUUUUGUCAAAAAACUGCGUUGUAUAUUAGCGCCGAACGUAGCGCUAAUCCCGCAACGAUUGUCCCGUAAUUGACAUAUUUUGCAGUGCCUCGCAGUUCCUAGUAGCCAUCUCCGUCCUUAUGCACACGAAUCAUGGGUAUUACCGAUUAUUGCAAAGGUAUAUACAGAUAUACAGAUCGACGAUAAAUAAGGGCGAAUAACUUUUUUUUAUUUAAGCCGAAUAGGCGGAUUGCCAGGCUAAUGAUUCUUAUCUCGCUACUCUUAAUUUUUUGAUUGAUGUGAUUAAUUU